AUGCCUACCGCUACGGAAUUCUUUGGCAUCACUGCCCAUAAUCUCGGUCCUCUAACAACUACCUUCACCGCUCCAUCAUCAUGCGCAACCAGUAUCAACGAUAAUCAUGUCCUCUUUGUCAACGCAACUUCACCUUAUUAUCAAGAAGGUCGUCCUCGAUGUGGUUCUGCGACUUAUGCCGAUUGCUUUCCCAGCGGUGACGAGCUGGACUCUUUCAUCAGUCAAACCUCCCCCACUCUCUUUCGAACCACUUCUCUUUACUUCUCCCCCGGCCUCGCUUGUCCCGCGGGUUGGAAGACCGUCGGAGCAUUGGCACAUGCCGAGAGUGGGAAGAUGAGCGCAUCUGGUGCGCUUGCACAAGAGCCGCCGGAUGCUGAUCUUGAAUUUCCACGAGCUGUCUGGGUUACAGACGUUUGGAGGAACAUGUUGCAUAAAUCUGAGACUCUUGCAUAUUGCUGUCCAAGUGAUUAUGUUGGCCAUGCAAAUGGAGCAUGCGUAUCCACGCUCGGCCCAGUCAGCUCUUACUCGUACUCUCAGCAGUGUGCGGUAUGGUUCACUAAUCGCGAUUUCUACACCUCAGUUUCAUCCGUCUCCGGCCUGUCCUAUUCACACGGUGUAUGGUCGUACCUCACCCCGACUGGGACCCAGGAAGGCAUCACCUCAUCCAUGGACUUGGGAGAAUAUCUGGGAGAAACUUCGAAUGGCUUUGCUGAUAUUGCGGUUGCUACUUGGGUCCAAGCGGUGCCUUUGAUCUACAAGAAAUCGGAUAUGGAUAAGAAAGGUGAUGAUGGUGAAACUGAGACCGCGUCCACUACUGAGACUGCGUCUGCCACCGGGACCGAGUCUCUCACUGACCCAACGACUGCCGAGAGUGCCGCUUCUACUAUUACAAAACAAAAUACUGUUAGUAAACUCGGCUUGGUAUUGGGAGUUCUUGCUGGUUUGGGCAUGCUAUUGUCUUGA